UUUUUGUAUUCGAUUCUUCCACCUCUCUCUCCUCUCUCUCUCUCUCUCUCUCUCUCUCUCUCUCUGCAGUCUGCACUCAACUUAUUUCACGCUUGCCGCCCGGCCUUCUUUCCUUCCGAUGCUUAUUCAACUACGAGCCAACAAAUUAACUAGCAGCAGCAGCAGCAUCGCAUUGCAAAUUUGCAAUUGCAGCAUCUAUAUCCGGGAGUACUGCUACUACUUAUUGUUCUGCCAUCUCCUUUAACUUUAACAAUAUCAUCAAUAUCAUCAUCAUUCUCCUCCUCCUCCUGCUGCUGCUGCUUAUCUUUAUUAAUUCAUCUCGCCGGUGCGCGCCUUACAUUCUUCAUUAACCAACUGUUUUUUCUUUUUUUUCUCAAGUUCAGAUAUAUCCAUCACCCCCUGGCGAUCGAGAGAGAAUGCUGGCUGCUCUUUUUCUAUUAUUGUUGCCGUCGUUUCUUCUCGUUCACUCUUUGGAGACGACGACGACAGCUUUCAACGACGAUGUGUUGGGCUUGAUCGUGUUCAAAGCCGGCCUAAGCGACCCGCACUCAAGACUCGCUUCUUGGAGCGAGGAAGACAACUCUGCCUGCGGUUGGGUGGGGGUGGUAUGCGACCCCGCUACCAAUCGCGUAUCCCACCUCCUUCUUGACGGUUUCUCUUUAUCCGGACACAUUGGAAGGAGCUUAGUCCGACUUCAGUUCCUCAGGGUCCUGCAAUUAUCUAGAAACAAUUUCUCGGGGGUUAUCACUCCUCCCCUUUUUCAGAUUCCAAGCCUGCAGAUGAUUGAUCUGAGCGAAAACAAUCUAUCAGGGCUGAUACCGGCGGAGCUUUUUCAGCGAUGUGCUCCGUUGAAGGCAAUUUCACUGGCCAACAACCUCCUCACCGGCCCGAUUCCACAGUCGUUGAGCUCCUGCGCAAAUUUGGAGAGCCUCAACUUCUCCUCGAACCGUCUUUCAGGUCGGCUGACCUCUGGAUUAUGGUCGCCUAUGACCUCCCUUCAGCUACUCGAUCUGUCCGAUAAUAUGCUAGCGGGUGAGAUUCCCCGAGAGAUUGAGAGUUUGUCCAGUCUGAGAGUGAUCAAUUUAAGUAGGAACAGUCUAUCAGGGUGGCUGCCGGAAGGCAUUGGGAAUUGCUUGCUACUAGAGUCUAUUAAUUUUGGUGAAAAUUAUCUUCUUGGCGGACUUCCUCCAUCCAUGAGGAAACUCGGAUCGUGCAGAUAUCUUGACGUGAGCGGGAAUCUAUUGACAGGAGCAUUUCCUGAUUGGAUUGGAGAAAUGAGGAGCCUGGAGCUGAUAGAUGUUUCAGAUAAUAAUCUUUCAGGCCGGAUACCAAGCAGUGUGGCCAAUCUCCAAUCCUUGAAACAAGUCAAUCUAUCAAACAAUCAAUUUGUGGGGAGCCUUCCGGACGCAUUUGGGGGUUGUGGGAACCUCAAGGUUCUGGACAUUGGCCACAACUGGUUUUCCGGUAAUGUGCCUUGGUGGAUUUUUAAGUUAUCCUUGGAGAGUCUCUCAGUUGCGGCCAACAGAUACAGCGGAAGCAUCAGUGUCCCCGCUUCACCCGUCCAAUCCCAUGCCACGCUCCGGCUCUUAGAUUUGUCAUCCAAUGCCUUAACCGGAGAUAUCCCACCAGCUAUUGGGAAUUUCCGUGUGCUGCAGGCCUUGAACCUAUCUCGGAAUUCUUUAGUUGGCUCCAUCCCCGCAGGCGUUGCUGGACUCAACACAACCUGCAUUCUUGAUAUGAGCCACAACCUGUUGAGUGGGAACAUUCCGGCUGAGAUAGGACGCGCACUUUCACUGAGGGAAUUGAGGUUGGAAAGCAAUCUCCUGGCUGGGGCCAUUCCACCGGCCAUCGGGAACUGCUCGGCUUUAACCUUCUUAUUUUUGGGUCGGAAUAACCUAACGGGUCCCCUCCCUGUUAAAAUCGCCAGCAUAGCCAACCUUGAGCAUGUAGAUUUGUCUUUCAACAACUUAUCCGGAAGGCUGCCAAAGGAACUGGGGAACCUUUCCCACCUUGCCACGUUUAAUGUCUCCUUCAAUCAUCUCCAAGGAGAACUUCCCGUUGGGGGGUUCUUCAACGCCAUCCCUCCAUCGUCGGUCAUCGGCAAUCCUUCCCUCUGUGGCUCCCUCGUCAACCACACCUGCCCUGCCGUCCACCCCAAGCCUCUGGUCCUCAACCCCAACUCCUCUGCUUCAAAUCAUGGCCCUCUUUCUCCAAACCUACGUCACAAGCGGAUAGUGCUCAGCAUAUCUUCCAUUGUUGCUAUUGCCGCGGCCAUGUCCAUAGCCCUUGGAGUGGUUGCAAUCUCUAUUCUUAAUAUGCAUGCCCGCUCUUCUACGGCUGCGCGCGCUGCUGCAUUCCCAGUAUUCUCGGGGGGCGGUGGUGAUGAUAAUUUCAGUCCCUCCUGCUCCCAUGACGCGGAAGCCAACUAUGGCAAGCUCGUCAUGUUCACUGGUGAAGCUGAAUUUGUGGCUGGGGCCCAGGGUCUGCUCAACAAGGAUUGUGAGCUGGGGCGUGGGGGUUUUGGGGUUGUUUACCGGACAGUGGUUCAGGGAGGCGGCCGGUCGGUUGUCAUCAAGAAGCUCCACAGUACAAGCUUGGUCAAGUGUGGGGAGGCUUUUGAGAAGGAAGUGAGGGCACUCGGGAGGAUCCGGCACCCGAACUUGGUGGUGCUGGAAGGGUAUUACUGGACGCCGUCGUUGCAAUUACUCAUCAACGAGUACAUCGCUGGGGGGAGUCUGUAUAAGCACCUCCACGAUAAGGAGUGUGGCGGCCUCACAUGGCAGGAGAGGUUUAAAAUUGUGGUUGGCACAGCUAAGGGGCUGGCGUGCCUACACGGGCAGAGUGUCAUUCACUACAACAUCAAGUCGAGCAACGUCCUGAUAGACGAGAGAAGUGGGGAGCCGAAGCUGGGGGAUUUCGGGCUGGCGCGGGGACUGGGAUUAGACGGAGACCGGUGCAUCCUGAGCAGCAAGGUUCAGAGUGCGCUUGGGUACAUGGCCCCCGAGUUGGCGUGCCAGACGGUGAAGAUCACGGAGAAAUGCGACGUGUACGGGUUCGGGGUGUUGAUCCUGGAAGUGGUGACGGGGAAAAGGCCCGUGGAGUACAUGGAGGAUGAUGUGGUGGUGGUGUGCGACACGGUGAGGGAGGCCUUGGAGGAAGGCAGGCUCGAGGGGUGCGUUGACGAGGAGCUGAAGGGGAUGUGUCCGAUGGAGGAGGCAGUGCCGAUGGUGAAGCUGGGACUGGUAUGCGCCUCGCAGGUGCCGUCAAGCCGCCCUGACAUGGAAGAGGUGGUGAGGAUUCUGGAGCUUAUUCGAUGUCCUCCUGCUCCAGCUGAGAGGCAGAGACAGGGUCGAGAAGAAGCAGCAGCAGCAGCAGCAGCAGUUCCCCGAAUGGAUGAAUGAGUAAUUAGCUGCAUGAGAGAGACUGUGGGUGUGUCCGUACAGACCAGUACAUGAUAUACCUACUCGCUGCAUGGAUGGAUUCUGGCUCGGAAGAAGUUUUAUCUUCAUUUUUCACUUGGAGCCCUGCCCCUUGCCUUGCCUUGCCUUGAGGAUCAUCAUUCAUAUAUAUAUAUAUAUGUAUAUAUAUUGAGGUGGGUUGGUUUAUAGUUGAAAUUAAUAGCUUAUGUAUGUAGCUUUGCAACCCCGGGAACUCAUACGUCAAUUGUCCGCUGAUUUGGGUUUACGUUUCAGUUUGCGAACGCUGAAUGAAUUUUGAAAGACAAGAAUCAAUCAAUAAACAAAUUAAUAUACUGUA